CAAAACAACAGGGAAAAGUCGCUGUCGCCCCCGCGUCGUCGCUCUCCAUAGCAAACGAGGAUGUGUUUUUCCAAGGCAGCUGGCUACAAGUCCUCCAGGCACUCUCCCUCCGUCUUCUCCCAUAGGGUGAGGUGAACUCCGCUGCAAUGGAGGUGAGCACCCUUCCUAUGGAGCUGUGGAGAGUGAUCCUGGCCUACCUUCCUCUUCCUGAACUAGGCCGCUGCUGCCUGGUGUGCCGUACCUGGAGAGAACUCAUUCUCUCGCUGGAUAACACACGCUGGAAACAGCUCUGUCUGGGACACGCUGAGUUCCGACACCCCAACUGGCCCAAUCGACCCGACCAGGAGCCCUCUUCGUGGAGGGAGGCCCUGAAGCAGCAUGCGCUCGCCAGCCGCACGUGGACUCAGAAUGGCUCCGAGGUCCAGUCCUCCACCUGCCUCCACCUUUUCAGGCGAAGGAAAGACCGUAGAGAUUGGCAUGUCGGACCUGGGUGUGAGUUUGAGACCCUUUGGGGGGCCCUGGAAGUUGCAGGUCCGUAUGACCGUGUGGUUCUCCACCCAGGGGUGUAUGAGGAGCAGGCUGAAGUGUCACUAAAGGUGCCUGUGGAGCUGUACGGGCUGGGUCAGCUGGGGGAGGUGUCACUGCUGGUAUGUAUGGAGCAGCAGUGCCCUACGGCUCGGCUGUGUAAUCUUGUGUUCAUGCCAGCCUGGUUCUCCACUAUAGUCUACAAGACGUCAUGGGGUCAUGUCCAGCUGGAUAACUGUAACUUUGAGGGAGCCCAGCUGCAGGUCAGAGGGCCAGGAACCUGCCAAGCUCGCUUCUGCUCCUUUUCACAUGGCAGCUCAGCCCAGUUCCAGGGUGUUGCCCUCAGUUUACUAGACAGCUGUGACUUCUCUGGAAGUGACGCAGCAUCUGUCACUAUUGAGGGGCCCCUGGUGCCAGAGAGGAACUGGGCUUGCAAACACCUGGCUGCCCUGGCCCGAAUGUUCGCAUCCUGGGGCUUGCCAGGGAAUAGUGGUCCUCCCGGGGGCUGUCAGGCUGGGAAAACUGCCCGACCCCAACCUCCUGGUGCAAAUGUCACUGUGGAGGACUGGAACAAAAAUGAAUGGCAAAAGAGGACUCGAAUGGACGUAUUGCAUCAGGACACAGUGAUUGAGCACAGCUUGAGUCAGGGUGAGCACAGUGAAGGAGAGGAGAACCAAAAAGGAGAAAUGAUGAGCGACAUCAGCCCCUCAUUUAGCUUAGAUUACAAACUUCCUUUUGACAAUCAUGGCCUAGCCCACCAUUUCAAGCCCCAGCCUGAUGGCUCACUGCCCCCAGCCUCCUCUCUUGAUCCCCCCUCUGUGACACCUGACCUUCUCUCCCUUCAGCAGGAGCUAGAGAGGGACCCUGAGGCAAAAAUGUUGGCUACAUCCAUCCAGGGCUGCAUCUUCAGGCGGUGCCUCUUCCGCGAGGGGAAAGGUGGUGUGCAUGUGUGUAAUUAUGGACAGGCUCGACUGGAGGGGAAUGUGUUCCGUGGGCUGAAUUAUGCUGUUCGCUGUAUCCAGAAUGCCACAAUAGUGAUGCUGCAUAAUGAGGUGAGUGAAUGCCGUGCAUCGGGUGUAUUCCUUCGUCUCUCUGCUCAGGGGCUCAUUGCGGAAAACAACAUCCACUCCAAUGGGGAAGCAGGGCUGGACAUACGCAAAGGGGCCAACCCCAUCAUCCUGUGCAACAGAAUACACAGUGGUUUGCGUUCAGGCGUUGUUGUCCUUGGCAAUGGGAAGGGCUCCAUCCGGAGCAACCAGAUCUAUAACAACAAGGAGGCGGGUGUCUACAUUCUCUUCAGUGGAAAUCCUGUGGUAAGUGGGAAUCACAUCUUCCGGGGCCAGGCGGCGGGGAUUGCCGUAAAUGAAAAUGGCAGAGGGAUGAUAGUAGAGAAUGUGAUCCGAGAGAACCAGUGGGGAGGUACAGACAUCCGUAGAGGAGGGGAUCCUGUCCUGAGAAACAAUUACAUCUGCCACGGCUACUCAGACGGAGUGGUGGUGGGUGAGAGGGGCCGUGGACUUAUCGAGGGAAACCACAUCUACUGUAACAAUGGCUGUGGCGUGUGGGUAUUGUCCUCCAGCCUACCACAGCUACUGCAUAACUACAUCACUCACAACCGUAUGUAUGGGCUGGCCGUGUUCUGCCGGAAGGACCCUGAGAAUAGAGAGGAGAAUCAGGCUGGCCUGGGAGGGGGCGGUGCAGGAGGAGGCGGAGGAGAAAGGAGAGAGGGACGAGGUCAGGAGAACUUGAAUGAGGAAGGAGAGCUGUUUGCAUGGGAGAGUGAUCUGGACAGCGAGGACGAGAGAUACACCGCCCGGCGGUCCAUCAGUGUGGCCCUGGUGGAGAGCAACUGCAUGAGCCACAAUGGAGCAGUAGGUCUGUACGUCAAGAGCAGCGAGCCACUGAACGUCAUCGCCAACCUUAUAAACUGUAACCGUGGCACUGGUAUCGCCGUGCUACAGAGCAGUCAGCUGACCCGGCUGGUUACAAACUGCAUCCUCGAUAAUACUCGCGAUGGUGUCACUGUGGACAAGGAUUGCUGGGUGGAGAUCCGUGGUAAUGGCAUCUACAAAAAUGGAGGUCACGGUGUCUGUUUUAAUGGGGAUGGACAGAUUGGGGAGAAUGAUGUGGUUGGUAACCGUGGAUACGGGAUUCAGGUCUCGGGCAGUGCAGAUGUCAAGGUACUGUGGAACCGUGUCCAACCAGCACGAAGUUGUGGCGUUGCCAUUCUAGGACAAGUAAAAGGAGCCAUCCACGACAACAUCCUUUUCCAAGGCCACCCUGGAUACACAAAACCACUGCUACACAUUGACCCUGGAAAUGAGAACUGUUCGCUGCGGAAUAACAGCAUCCUCAGACACACUAACAGCUGUUCACCUGCCCUUCCGUGGGUUCUGGAAAACCCUCCGCCCCGCCCGCUUAUUGAACCCCCUUUUGGCGCCUCCUCUUCUCAAUACCCGUCCCGGCUCAACAACUCCAUGACCAGCCGGAUCAGCGCCGCUGUGGAGAGCGGAUGCCACAGCAAUGGCAGUAUGUUCUGCUCCAUCCUGUAAAUUAUUGCAAAGACUUGGAAAUCCCUACCAGUGACUUCACCGAGGGUCAGCAUCCGGUCAUGCUUGAACCGGUGUUUACAUUUGGAGGAGUUUUUUUAAAGGAUUUUCUCAAGAACUUUCCGAAACUAUGUCAUCCUGUUUGGGUUGAGCCAAGAAAUUCCGAGCUGUCACGCACAACAUGGAAUUACCACUGCUGAAUCAAUUCUACACAUCACAUUACAGUGGCACAA